CUUUCAAAACCUUAUACUCAAAUCUCCUAGGUUACAAACUGCAGACGGUUCAUCUUCACCUUACAAUUCUCGAUCCUUAUUCCGUAGUGAAUCGUAGGCGGCGGUGGCUUGUGGAACACAACCGCAUCCUUUGUGCUCGCCGCCGGGAACUGUUUUUGACAGAUAUUGAAAGUUAAACCCCACUGUUUAGUUCAGCGAAUGAAGGCAUACCAUCCACACAUCAUAGCCCAGCACCAUCAAUGACAGAUCCAAGAAUGACGGUGGCCUUUGCAACACCUCCGUCACACGCAGCGAGCAGUUUAAGUGCGAUCUCAAGAUUAAUCCGAUAUAUAUCAUCAAAAUUUGUUCAGUUAUCUGACCUCUAAUGGAUGACCACAAUUUUCGGUGACGUUGACAAUAAAGGAAAACAGAGGUUGAGAGAUCCAUGAUGAAGAUCAUUCCGGAGUAACUUUCAGCCAUCGAUAUACAGAGAUGAGUAAAUAUAACUUUUAUUAUAUUUUCAUUUCUAUUUACAAAUCUUUGAUGUGUAAAGAUGAGAGAUUUUAAAUUUACAUUAAAAUAGCAUAUCAGUUUAUGAUUUUAUAUGAUUCACUCCGUAUUUCUUAAUUAAGAAUUUUCGUCUAAAUUUUUUAUUUUCAUAUAACAAUGAUAAUUUGAUUUGAAUAGUUUAUAAUGUAGCAAAAAACAGAUUUUGAACACAGAUUUUAAUAACUGAUAAACUUAUAAUCUGUCCCCUGUUUCAAUUGUUAAGUUCACCAAAUCUGUCAAUGGGCAAGAAGUUCAAUUGAAAAAAUACAUUAAGUCUUGAAUCUUGGCAGUUAAUUCAAUAUAUCAUUUUUUGUAUUCAAAUAACAAUGAACUUUUUAUUUGAGCUGUUUAAACUUAUAAUCUGCCCCUGUUUGAAAUUUUUAAGAAAUUCACCAAGUUUGCCCAUUUUAAUGAUAUUUAAAUUGUUUUGCAGGUACUGGUCACCAUCACUGUUCUGUGAAUUCACAAAAGUGACACUUAUGAGUGUGGGUGCAGUGUGGAAAAUUUGCUCUACUGUGCUCAAUAGGAUAAGAAAAUACACUCGAUGCUUGGCGGCUGUUUGGUGUUGGUGACGUUGUAAACGCGUACAGCACGAACUUUUACUGCCCAAGAUGUUUUUGAUUGAUCAAUGUCCCUGAUCAUGCUCCAAAUUCCUACCAUUUUGAUGAGGAUAUCAAUGUUGAGGGAAAUGAGGAGAAGAGUGAUUUUGAGCCUACACAGAAGACCCUAUCCAAAAGAAAAUGUGAUUUGAGUCAAAUUGCAUCAACUUCACGACCUACAAAGAGAAAUGUUGUAUCUAAAAGGAAAGCUCAUCCCAAAAAGUUAAAAGGCAAAAGAACUGAAAAAGAAAAAAAAGUGGAAGCAGCAUGUCGGCCAUACUGUUUGAUAGAGAUAUUUGAUGAUUUGUCUGAAAAACAAGUUAAAGAUGACAAGGACAUUGGUUUUGAAGGUGUACUGAAUUGCAGAAUAAGUAGUAAAAUAAAUGGUAGAUUGGUGUCUUGGUGAAUGAAGAAUUUCGAUAGUGGAAGUUUGAUGUUCACUAUUGGAUCUGGGAAGGAAUUUGUAGUCAAAGAAGCUGAUGUGCAUGAUGUAUUUCAAUUACCCUGGGUUGUUGGAAGUGACGUGGUUGAAGCAGAAUGGGUAAGGAAUACAAAAAAAGUCAAAAGAAAAAACUGCAGGGCAGGUGGUAAUGGAGAACUGGAGAAGAAAGUUUGGUGUGAUCGGAGCAGGUAGUAUUAAUCUAAGAAAAAUAGGUGAUGCUAUAAAAGGACAGAAGGAUGGAGGUGAUGAAUUUAAAAGGUUGUUUGUAUUAUUUGUUGCUUCUCAUUUAUUGGCACCAACCUCUAAUAGGACAGCUAGUUUACAAUUGGUAGUUGCAUUAAAAGAUGCUGGUAAGAUCAAUGAUUUAAACUGGUGUGGUUAUGUACUCAAAAAGUUGUGCAGUGCAGUAGAAAGAUUCAAAAGAAAUUUCGACAAUGCUUUUGUGGGAGGAUGUUUGUUGCUUCUUCAGACUUUGUAUUUUCAAAGGUUAGUGUUCAAAGGAGUUGAGGUUCCAAAAUCAUUGCCGUUGAUAAAGAAUUGGAAUUCUGAAAAAAUGAAAGCAAGGGUAAAAGAUGAAAUCAAAGCUGGUGAUUUCGGAAGAGGCCCAAUUGAUUCUGGCUACCCGAUUUCAAAACAGAACACUCUUCUUCAAAAACAAACUGAAGUAUUCAACAGGGAAGAACAUUGGUCUAGGUUCAUCAGAUACGAUAUCCCGGAAGGAAUGCCCACUGAUGAUGAUAUUAUCAGAACAGCAAAAGAUGAGAAAAGUAAAACUCUGAUGCUGGUGAAAAGGGAUGUGGAACUGGUGUUCCGGGCUCAUAUGUCUCUAAGGCAAGAGAUAGACACUCAAGAACAACUUAGCCAGAACCAAAGCUCCCAAUCCACAAACAGCUUCGACAAAAUUUUUAAUGACCCUAAAACGUUUGAGAUUGUGGAUGUUGUAGUUGAUUGGCUUAUGGAUAUCAAGAAUAGCACAUAAGAAGAGAACAUUGACAGAAACAUUGAGAUGGAGGAUGGUGUAGUUGUAACCGAGAAGGAUGUUUUUGGGAAUGAAGAAGGCCAACAGCCAACUGAAAAAUAUGCUGCUGUGAAUCAAGAAGCAGAACAACCAACCGAGAAACAUGCUGCUGUGCAUCGAGAAGUGGAAAUCCCAAUCCAGAAAGAAGCUGGUGGUAAUGAAAAAGAAGAACAGCCAUGCAAAGAUGAGAGCAAUGAACCGACAAAUGAAAAACACAUUACAUUCCUAUCUCAGUUCAUGAAGGACAUGUGUUCUAGACGUUGGCACUCAAUGAAAGAUUUUGAUAAACAUCUUGUGGACUACUGUUUUUACAAUGAUGGAAUGCAAAAAGAUGAACUCAUUGUCAGGUUCAAUGGAAGUCUUUAUUUAAUAAAGGAAGAUAUGAUGUGCUUGGGUUCAACAAGCUUUAUAACUGCUGCAAUUGUGAACUGCUGGGCAUAUUAUUUGAAUGAAGAAGAGCUGACAUCCGAGCAGGAAAUGGGGAAAAGAUUCUUCUUUGGGAUUACACAUUCAGACAUAUUGAGUAAGAUAAUGAAAGAGGGCUUUGAUAAAGCAUCAAGGAUUGCUUUACAUAAAGUAUGGGAAGAAUGGGUUCUGUGAAUAAUCAACAGUGGAACAUUGCAGAGGCAAAUUUUUUUGUGAUUCUCUUUCUAUACAACAACCACUAUCUGUCCCUUUUUAUAAAUACACUGUCAAAGAAAGCACAAUUGGUGGACUACAGGAUAAAAGAGGACAUCAGUCCUCUUAAAUUUAUAGCUGGAAUACUGUGCUCAGAGAUGUCGAUCUACUUGAACAAGAAAAAGCACCCAAAGGUUAAACAAAUGCCAAAGUAUGAGUUUGAAGAAGUCAACUUUGAUUGGAAAAUUAAGAGAGAAAGUAAUGAUUGUGGUGUGUACUUGCUGAUCACAAUGUUCUUGUUUGAGGGAGUGAGCUUAAAGUAUACUCUGAGCAGGGUGGAAGACAGAAAGUUUCACCGUGCAGAGAUUUGCUCAUACCUUACGGGGUACCAAAAAAAUGAAAAAAUUGACCCAUCAGGCCAACAUGCUCGCUGCCACGCGCACCACCCCAACCGCCUCAAGGUGGUGAAGCUGAUUCGAGGACAAAUCCUCUUGAGGGGGAGAGAGACGAUGAGGACAUUAUAGACCGCUUACAACUGUAAGGAGACCUAAGCAAGGAUCCUUUACAAGUUCAAGACGGUCCAUUGACAAUAGCUCGUGCUAGGCGCUUACAAGGAGGUUGUUUGCGCUUGGAUAGAGAAGUCUAAGGGAGUGUUUGCGAUUGCUUCAACUUUAAAAAAAUGAUUUUUUAAAGUGAUUUUGGGAAAAGUGAUUAAUAGUAAAAGUUGGUAGUGUUUGAGAAAAAAGUGAUUCUGAAAAAGUAAAAGUUGGUAGUGUUUGGUAAAAUGAGUACUUUUUGUGUAAUAGAAAAAGUGAAAAGCAGUUUAAAGCACUCUUCUACCUGCUUCCAGCUUUUAGCUUUUAAGUAAUUAAUUUAAGCAGAAGUUGUCAUUUGUAAACACUCUUUUCAGCUUUUUUUAAAUCAAAAGUUGAAAAACGCUUUUUUUAAGCAAACCAAAACACUCCCUAAAUGGAGUGAGACUGUAGCCACGUUCCGUCGGGUGGUAGAAAAACUCCAUAUUUGAAGUCUAAAUGGAAGGAGCCAUGGUUCACUUAGUGGGCUUCAUUGAUCCAAUCAAUUAAAAGAAAAACUCUAGAGUUGCCAAUUUGGGCAGGAAUGGCAGAAUUUGCAAUUUCAGCAUGUGGGCUUGCUUUGUGAUCAACGGGCCUGCAAUUAAGUCACUUUCAAGCCUACUAUGUAAGGGCAAGAUUGUAUAUUUAAUAAAUAGGAGGCUGCAUUUAGGAAAAAAUGUGUUGCAUUUAGAAUCACCCUUAUUUUUAUCUAUUUGUUUUCUGUUCUCGUGCAGCUGGACCGAGCUUUUAGGGUAGAGUUAAAUUUAGAAUUAAAUUAAAGAGCCAGUUAGCCACAAAAUUCACCCACGAUCCACUUUUGUAGCUAGUGGCUAUCUUAGUUGGAAAUGGGUUGAUUUGUUCACCCCACGUUUCCAUCUUUUAUACUCUAUAUAUAGGAAAGCGGGAGUCUAAUUUCAG